GCGGGCAUUGCGGCUGUGGCUGUGCUGCUGCACGGAGCCCUCAGUGCCUGCAGCUGACACGUGCCUCUGGCAGCCAUGAAUGGGCUCGGCCUCCUCGUCCUGCUCACCGUGGCUGGGCUGGCACACGGGUUAUGGGACAACUGCGGAUGGAGCUGUGGACUCCGAGCUCCGCCACCUAUCUACAGCCCCAUGACUGUUCCCUAUGGCAAUGUGUCUGACAGCAUGACACGCAUCGUGGGUGGUGCAAAUGCCCUGCCAGGGGCCUGGCCCUGGAUGGUCAGCAUCCAGCAUCCCUGGAUACGAGACCUGAAGCAUCUGUGUGGAGGGUCCCUCAUUGGCCACCAGUGGGUCCUCACAGCAGCUCACUGCUUCGACAUCAUUUUUGAUCCCAGCCUGCUGUAUGUGGUGAUUGGAGCCACCCAGUUGACUCGGCCAGGCCAUGAGGCACAAGUGCGCCAUGUCAAGCAGGUGCUGAUACAUUCGUACUACAAUUCGGAUAACGUGAGGUAUGAUAUUGCCAUUCUGGAAUUGGACCAUCCUGUCCAGUGCAGCCGCUACAUCCAGCUGGCCUGUGUGCCCGACAUCACACUGAAAGUGUCAGAACUGCAAAACUGCUGGAUUGCUGGAUGGGGUUCCACUGCUGAGGGAGUUAGAAAAGCAAGUGAUCACCUCAAGGAGGCCAAGGUCCAGCUCAUCAAUGUCCAGCUCUGCAAUAGUAGCCGCUGGUACGCAGGGAAAAUCCACACCCACAACUUGUGCGCUGGUUACCCAGAGGGUAAAAUCGACACCUGCCAGGGUGACAGCGGUGGUCCUCUCAUGUGCCAGGACAAGAACGCUGACUUCUGGUGGGUCAUUGGAAUAACCAGCUUUGGAUCAGGCUGCGCCAGGGCAAGGCGGCCUGGAGUUUACAUCUCCACUCAGUAUUUCUAUGACUGGAUUGAUCUCAACAUGCGUGCACAAACAGUUGAAAGUGUUUAUUGAGCACUGGGUCCAGCAGCAUCCGGGGCAGGGUGCAGUGCACCACAAUGAUUUCCUGCUGGGAUGAUGCCUGCUGAUCCAAAAGCAGCCUCGGUGUCAAAAGCCUGCUCUGUCCCACCCACACUCAUCUCUUAUCUGCAUGGAGACACCGGAAUUGAUUUAGUUGUUGAAAUAAAGUUACUUUGUUCA